GGGCCAUUGGUACGAUGUACAUGAUGCGUCUCUGCCACACAUACAAACAAUUACGGUAGCUUCAUAGCUUCAAUAUCGAAGGAAAAAUUGUGUGGUCAAUGUAAAAAUUCAGUCUAAAUCAAUUUCGCAAUGCGAGUAGUCGCAAAACCAUAAAAUCAAAAUCCAUUUAUGCAUAUAGUUCUUUUUUUCAGUCGGAAUGUUUAUAGUGGCGUUUUAAGAAAUAUAUAUUGUAUAAUUUAUUGUGUGGAGUUCAAUAAAAAACGUAAACAAUUGUCAACGAAGAAACAGUUCUUAAUUUGUGUGUUUCCUACGAAAAUAUUUUUACUGCUUAAACGAAAGGCAAACGGGAAACAAAAAUGAAAAUAACACAACAGAGCAGAGUGCAACAAAUUAAUGAAGUGACGAUUCCAUAGACAAAAGUAAAAUUAAAAUAAACAGAUAAUUUUAUACGUAUUCGUCUAUAUUCUCUUCUAUGUGCAUUAUUUCUUGUUUAGUGAAAAUAAUUUUGCGAAAUUAUUUCCGCUGGAGUAGUGUAAAAAUACAACUUACUUUUUCUGUAUUAUCUGAAAAAUAUACUGAAUUUACAAAGACAAAAUAAAAACAGCUACAAAAUUGGAUAUAUUACGAAAAUUCAUAAGUGCCAAAUAAAGUAUAACUAUCGCGGUAGAUGAAAUAAAAAAACACACACACACACACAAAAAAAACAUAUUAAGCACAAACUAAGAAAAAAAUGUUUGGAGAAAAAUUUAAAAACCAAAAAUGAAAAAUUGAACAUGGCGCAUCCAGACCUUGUCAGUAAUUUUGGUUUAACUAUAAACGCCAAAGCCUGAGAUAUUUGCAAAGAUGAAUAACUUUCAAGUAACUAAAAAAAAAGAUCAAUCAAACGAUAUAAAAACAAUACAAGGAACAAUACAAGAAGCUUUCGCUAAUUUGCCAAAUUUUAACGAAAUAAAUCAAGAACUAAACAAACUAGCAGAAUUAUUCAAACAACAACAACAACAACAACAACAACAACAACAACAAGUAGAUCAAAAGUUUCAAAACUUAUCAAAGGAAUUAGAAGGAGUAAGCCAGGGAAUUCACAAGACUUUGGCAAAUUUUGUUGUAUUUAAACAAGAACUACAAAAACAAAACACAACCCUAGCAGCAUUAUACGAACAACUACAACAACGACAACAACAACAACAACAACAACAAGAAGAAGAAGAAGAACUUAAGCAUAAACAACUACAAGAACAACAAGAUCAAAAGUAUAAAGAAAUAUUAAAAGCUCUACAAGAACAACAAGAUCAAAAGUAUAAGGAACUACUACAACAACAAGACCAAAAGUAUAAAGAACUAUUAAGCGUAAUACUAGAUCGACUACCACAAAAAUCCGAACAAUAACAACCCCAAGAAGGAGAACCCAAAAAAAAAGACACCGAAAAUGAAUGAAGCAUUCGGAGCAACGUCAGCCACCAUUGCAAAAGAAGGCUGGCUAUACAAGCGCGGCGAACACAUCAAAAAUUGGCGACCAAGAUAUUUCAUUUUACGUGACGAUGGUUCCCUAAUGGGCUACAAAUCGAAACCAGAUGGAACAAAUUCCGUUGAACAGCUAAAUAAUUUCACUGUCAGAGGCUGUCAAAUAAUGAGUGUAGAUCGUCCAAAACCAUACACAUUCAUUAUACGUGGAUUACAAUGGGCAAACGUCAUCGAAAGAACAUUUCAUGUGGAAAGUGAACAAGAACGACAACAGUGGAUGGAAGCCAUUCGAUAUGUGGCAAAUCGUCUCAGUGAAAUGUGUGAGACAGCGAUGUCACCAUUCAGCUCAACAGAUAUGACUGACGUAGAUAUGGCCUCUAUAGCUGAAGACGAACUUUCUGAAAAGUUUUCCGUUCAGGGAAUUGCGACUGGUAAAACAAGCGGAAAAACUAAAAUUACUCUGGAAAACUUUGAAUUUUUAAAAGUCUUGGGUAAAGGAACAUUCGGUAAAGUGAUUUUGUGUCGUGAAAAGUCCACUGAGACUCUUUAUGCCAUUAAAAUGUUGAAGAAAGAUGUAGUCAUACAAAAAGAUGAAGUCGAACACACACUAACUGAAAAUCGAGUAUUGCGAUCAACAAAACAUCCUUUCAUUAUUUCGCUAAAAUAUUCAUUUCAAACGUUACAUCGUUUGUGCCUUGUGAUGCAAUAUGUGAAUGGUGGAGAGCUAUUCUUUCACUUGAGUCGUGAGCGUGUAUUUACAGAAGAUCGAACCCGCUUUUAUGGUGCUGAGAUAAUCUGUGCAUUGGGCUAUUUGCAUUCGCAAGGGAUCAUUUAUCGAGAUUUAAAAUUGGAAAAUCUAUUGCUUGACAAAGAUGGUCAUAUAAAAAUUGCCGAUUUUGGUUUGUGCAAAGAGGAAAUAACAUAUGGUUCAACAACGAAAACAUUUUGUGGUACUCCUGAGUAUUUGGCUCCCGAAGUAUUAGAAGACAAUGAUUAUGGAUUGGCGGUUGAUUGGUGGGGAACUGGAGUUGUUAUGUAUGAAAUGAUGUGUGGACGCUUGCCAUUUUAUAAUCGCGACCACGAUAUCUUAUUUUCAUUGAUUUUAGUCGAAGAAGUGAAAUUCCCACGAAAUUUGUCACUGGAAGCUCGCGGUCUGUUAAGUGGAUUGUUAGCGAAAGCACCGAAAGAUAGACUUGGCGGUGGACCGGAUGAUGUCAAAGAAAUUAUGGCUCAUGCGUUCUUUGCCUCAAUUAAUUGGAAAGAAUUAGAAAAUAAGAAAAUUACGCCACCGUUCAAGCCCCAAGUCACUAAUGACACCGACACCAGAUAUUUUGACUCAGAAUUUACCGGUGAAAGCGUCGAACUUACGCCACCCGACAAUUCAGGACCAUUGGGUGCAAUUCAAGAAGAACCGUAUUUUUCACAAUUCAGUUACCAGGACUCUGCAUCAACACUUGGCACAUCGGUGCAUUUUUGUAGCUCAGCUACCGGCACCGGUAUUCUAAUGCAAUAGAUCUGUUAAACACUUUUUUUUUUCAACAAAAUUUUCAAUGUCAUUCGAAUUGUUGCUGCAUAAUUUCGGAAUGGAUAUGGAUUUACUAAGCUGAGAGUGCCUCAUUGCCAUUUUGGUUCCAAAUCGAAUGACAAUUGCACCAAAACUUUUUAGACGAGAAACUCAUCACGGCAAGCAAAUAUAAGGCAUCCAGUCAAUUCUACAUACCGAAAAAAAGAGGAGAUACCAAGCGCCUGCCCGAUCAAGACUCUUUUUAUACAAGAGAUAGUGAAUCCCAUCACCAUCACAAUCAUAUAUCAUCAAGAAAUAACUACAAAGAAAUCCUAUAUACACACACGCAAACAAACAAACACACACUUCCAAAAGUGCUAAUAUAAAUUAAUUUUAAGUGAGAUAACAAUGAUAAUUUAGCUUGGAAAAUUUAUUAUUUGAAAGAUAGAAACAAGGAUUGAUUCAUCGACUACUCAUAAGAAAUGGAAUUUUGUCUUAAUGUUGACUUCAACCUUAAGUUUAGAAGAAGAAAAAUACAAAUUUAUAGAAAUUAUCAGAUACGUUUGUCAAAAUGUCACUGUCAAUAAAUAGUUAGUUAUUCUA